AUGAAAUUCGCCCUCGCUAUUCUACUACUUCAAUUGGCUCUCGUCUUUGCUCGGCCUGCUUCUACCAAGGGCAAAUAUUUUGACCGUGUGGUGAUUAUCAUUUUUGAAAAUCAAGAUUAUAAGGUGGCAGCAAAGGACAAGUACUUGUCUACUUUAACCUCAAAAUAUAAGGGGUUUGCUCUUACCAACUAUUUGGCAACUACUCAUCCAUCACAGCCCAAUUAUAUUGCCUUAAUCAGCGGAUCUACAAAAGGAACUAAUGAGGACGACGAGUCUAACAUCAAUAGGAAAACAAUCGUUGAUCUGUUAGAGGCCAAGGGCAUCUCUUGGAAAACAUAUCAAGAAAACUAUCCUGGUGGAUGCAAUAAGGAAAUGGAUAUUGGACCAUAUGCCCGUAAACAUAAUCCCUUUAUUUCCUUCAAGAACAUUCAAAAUAACAAGUCAAGAUGUGCAAAGAUUGUCAAUUCAAAGCAGUUAGACAAGGAUAUCAAAAGCAACAGUGUGCCCCAAUUUGUAUUCUAUACUCCCAAUUUAAAUAACGAUGCACACGAUACAAAUAUGGGAUACGCCUCAAAAUGGUUAAAGAAGUUCUUGACGAGCCGUAUUAAUGAAAAGGCAUUUAGUGAAAACACCAUGUUUGUGGUAACAUUUGAUGAAGAUGAUGGUGGUUCUGAUGAUAACAAGGUCUUGACCAUCUUGUUUGGUCCCGAUUUCCAUCCGUCCAGUAACAAAAAGACAGAUCAUACCAAAUACAAUCAUUAUUCUUUGCUUAGAACGAUUGAAGAUAACUGGAAUCUUGGUGAUUUGGGUCAAAAUGAUAAAAAGGCCAAGGUUAUUAAAAUUUAGAGAAAUGAAGCUGGUUUCUUCAAAUAAAGUUUUUGAUGUUUUCUAUUUUU